AUGCAACAUAUAAUUACAUCACAAUUUGAUGUUUCAUGUCAUAUGGCAUUACAACUUAGCGAAUGUCUUCUUGAAUUAAAAAGUUUCGAUGAAUCUAACAUAAUGUCUCGACAUCUCUAUUUAUAUCAUACAAAAAAAUAUGAACUUGGUGAAACGAUGAAAUUUAUCUAUGAAAAUUUGAAAGAUAAAAUACAAAAUUAUCAUGAACAUUUAUCUGUUUGUCGUGAAGAUUUUCUUUUUGAUCAAUUGACUAUUGAUGAAACUGUUAAAUUAACUGAUAAUAAAACUUGGUGGUUAUACAGCAUUUUAACACAUUCUCUUCAUACUGAUUUAAGUGAUAUAUAUUAUCGAUAUAGUCGUUGGUCUACUCCAAGUAAAAACAUACAUCCAGCUUAUGCUCCAACAGUACUUCACGAAGCACUUCAUUAUAUGACUACUUCAAAUAAUAUAGCUGAAGUUAUUGAAAAAGCUAAGGUUAAUAGAAAUGUUUACUGUUUACCUAUUAUUGGUGUAUUAUCGGAAGCUCUAUGGAGUAUUCCAUUAGAUUUGUAUAAAUAUAAGGCUAUUGAUGUGCAAUUGAAAAUAAUUUGUGAUACAACAAAUGAAUUAAGCAAACAAUGGAUUUCACAAUAUGAGAAUGCAAAUGCUUGA